UAAUUGAUGACGUCACCACAAUCUAUUUGACACGGGUUUGCCGGCGUGGACAGUCGAAGGAUGAGGUUAAUCAUUUAGUCACAGACUGACCACAAACGCUCAGCUGAGAGGAGGUGCCUCUCACAUUCUGCCUCGUCAGAGAACCGGAAGAACUUCCCACAAUGCCCCGACUGCAUCGUCGGCACCGGAAGUGGGUGGGGCGACUGAUGAACGCCUUCUGCGUCCGGCACUCGAGGAGCGAAGAGAGACUCUUCCUUGACCCAGAGCAGCAGCUUCUCAUUGAACUCCAAGAACUACGAUGUCUCAACAAGAGAUGUGACACGCCUUUAGACGACUGGGAGCAGGUUCUGUGGCUAGCGGGUUUGGCAACGGUGGCUCCGCGGGGCGCAUCAAUCCCUGUGCUCAAUGUCUGCCUGGGGUUCGAGAAUUCUGAACUGAGACACCUCGAUAAGAGGAUUGUGUACAGUUCUUACUCCGUGUCACGUUGGGACAAACUGUUAGGCGAACAAGCAUUCGCUGAGUUGGCGUGUGAAGAGUUCCAAGAUGAACCGGUGAUUGACGGGCUGCCUGCAACGGUUUGGUUGCAGUGUGUGGAGCCGACCCUGUCUAUCCUCAAAUCUCUCAGCAGCCUCAAACACAGGAAGGGCAACCUCACCAACAAGAAGGACAUUACAGAUCGCCCACUGGACAGUGGUUACAGUCAACAUGGUGACUUCCAGUUUGGGCCCCUGGCAGUCUUUGCCUUCCCUCGGCGUAUGGUGAUGCGGCUGGAAGUUCGAGUCGGCACUCUCCGAAAUCAACCGGGAAGCGCGGUGCAGAUGGCCCUCAACGGUGUACCCCAGUCUCGGAACAACCACCGCCGCCACCGCAACAUCCAGCUGUACCACGUGAUGCAAAAUGGCGGCAUUGUAGAUCCUCAACAGGUGGCGCACGUCAACAUGGCGCCCUCGGAUCUUCGCUUCCCGCAAGCCUUGGUCGCAAACGAUAACGAAGGAAACUUGAACGACAACGCCAACUAUCCGUACGACCUUGGACCCGUCGCCUAUGCACCGGACUAUCUUCCAGACAUCGAAGUUGUUGCCCAACAUCUUUUUCUCCUCGACUUCGAACCGCCCGAAGACCAACCUGAGUUUGCUCCCGAUGUUGUUGAGUUAGACGAGCCUGAAAUGCAGUCAGACAGUGAAGAGAGCAGUCAGGCUGAUCUGCCUUCAGAUAAUGAACGCGUCAACCCGGGGGGUCGUCAUUCCGACAUCGAGGUGGUUGACCUUGAAGAGUUCCCAGAAGACGUCCAGCCUCGCUCCAGGUCGGCGUCACCAUCACGUGACCGUCCGCGGGACCAUGAGGAUAUAAGAGCUGUCGUUGACGACGUAUUGGCUGACAUUGUAGGCGUAGUCGCUGACAUUGCAGGCGAGGUCCAUGAUCGCGAACAGCCGCAAGAUAACCAAGCCGAUGUUCAGGUUGCAGAAGACCAUGUUCGCGGAGAAGCAGCAGGUGGGGGGGAGGUGACCCCGGCAAGACCAUUCCCUGAAGGAAUCUUCGAGCCCCGGGAGGAAGAACGCUUGUCCAAAGACCUGGGCAGAAUUAUCUUGUCCGAUUCUGAAAUGUCUUUGGAGAACGAGCUUUGUGUGGACCAACCACCAUACACCUAUAACCACACGUUUUACCACCUAGAGAGGGGCACGCCCCUUCAGCCCCAACUACCCAAGGUGCGCCGUCUGAGACAAAAACUCAAGGUGUUUCUCACUAGUGAGUGCGGGGACCUGACCGGAAGUGUGAUGGGAGCAGAGAUCAUGCGCAGAGUGGCCAAAGACCACUACACCCGACGGCGUAUCAUGGUGAUCCUCAACAAACUCAGCGGCCAGCAGGAAGAUGGACUUGCGGUCAACAUCAGUGACAUCGGCGACUCCGUGUGCGUUUCCGUCGUGGAUGAGCUUCCGCCGACCUUCACCUCAAAGUACACGAGCCAGCGCACCAGACGGGAACGUAUAAUGGAGCGCAUGCGCCGGACCUGGAACAAUAUUCAAAGCAGAUUCCGACGUCUGCGAGGCCGUUUCACUGGGCGUUAUUAUCACUGAUCAUGUGUCUAUAGUUUCGUUGUCAGUUAUAUAUUUCAUAAUACAGACAGAAGCUCGGAUAUGCAUCCCCUCAUGUGUAUUCAUGAUUAUGCCUGGUAAAUGUGUAUUUAUUUAGUUAGUUAGUUAUUUGAAUAAGUUCAUAUUUAAUGAUUGGCGUGGAGUAUCGUAUAUAAUAUAUCACUAUACACAUUUGUCGUCUUUACACUGCAAGUAAAAUCAUUCCACGUGA